UCUUAUCAUUCGCAACCCCGCAGUUAUCUGAAGCAUGAUACAUGACGUACACCAAUAGAGGCCGGCAUCAGGGUAAAAAAGGUAAAACACAUACACUAUCAAUCUAAUCAACUGCGAGUACGCAUUGUGAUAAUAUGCAUUGAUUUAAAAAUGAUAAAAUUCUUCAAGCUUUUAAAACGUUCCAGGUAAGGUAAGAUUUUAAUACUUUUUUUUUGUUGGAAAAUUGAUAAGCUGCCGCUGAUAUAAUAUGUAUGCGUACGAAACAGUAAUAAACUAGUCUUAAAACAGUAUGUAAAUGGCAUUUGUUUUACUCCAUAAUGUGAUAUGUCUGUAAUAUGGCUACUACAAUUUCUAUAAGUAAACAAUAUGGCUGACUUGUAAUAUAUGUUGUUUACAAACGUGGCCUUAUGAUCGUUUCAAGGUGAAACUAUUCCUGGCCAUCAGUUCUUUACGUUUCCCUCCCUUAACUCGAUCCCAUCGUCAAUGGAUGCGACGAUGCGGGUGUACAAUGCCACCCUUUGGAUACGGUUAGAAUUGAAACUGAAGCCGAAAAGUAAGGCAAACAAAGGUGCAGGCAGUAUGUCCGGUACGGAUAACCACUGGAGCAUUCACGGUGGCAAUAAGGUGCUGAUACUGUGGGUGUUUCGCAUCAUCAACGGAUCGAAGCCGGCGGAAACGAUGAGCAAGGAAGAGGAAUUUUCCAAACAUACGGAAAUGAUUGCCAAGCAUACUAUCCCGCACGAGUCCGGGCUCGGAUGGCAGCAGAUCGACCUUACCAAUGCCGUCCGGCAGUGGCACGGCGAAAAGCGUAACGAUAGCCUCAAGCUAUUCGUUGACUGUUCGGGCUGCGGAAACAAGAUACGCGUCCACAUCUUCGAGCAUGCGGCCAACCAACAUCAGCUGCAUCAUUUCGCGCGCAUCGGUUUAUAUAGCAGCCGUAAGCAGAAGCCAGUGAUGAUGAUGAACGGAGCACCACGAUCGAUGGUAAAGGCAAAGCAUCCGAAAAGCCAAGAGCGCAAAGCGAAAUACGGCGAAGGUACGGAUGACGACUACAACCGGCCGCAUCUGUUCGUGAGCCUGGACACGACUCAGGUCCGCCGGUUACGUCGCCGCGCACUCGAUUGUACCGGGGCACCGAACGAACAGUGCUGCAAGCAGAAAUUUUACGUCGAUUUUAAAGCACUCAAGUGGGACGAUUGGAUAAUAAGACCGCACGGAUACUACGCAAACUACUGCAAGGGUAGCUGCCAUCUGGCGGAUAAAUUUAGCUCCGAGUAUCAUUACGUGAUCGAUCAGUACCGCCGGCAGGGUAAUGCUGGUGGACGAGGUCUAGGCAAGAUGCAUCACAAAGCCGGUGGUGGUGGUGCUGCUGGUGCUGGCGGUGGAGCAGGAUUGGCCGGAAUACAUCAAUGCUGCGCGCCGGUUAAGUAUUCACCGAUGUCACUUAUUUUUUACGGUCCCGAUGGACGCAUCAUCAAGCAGGAUCUCGCAAAGAUGAUCGUGGAGGAGUGUGGCUGCCCGUAAAAUUGUGCGUAAAUAAGGCACGUUAUUCCUUUUUUGAAUGAUGACGAAGUUUGAAUCGAAUUUGCAAUAAGCUAUACUUAAUAAAUUUCUACACGUUAUUCGGAA